AUGGAAGAAGACCUGCUGAAAGAAGCAGUCUUCACAAACACAGUCAGUGUGUUGGUUAGUGUAGAUCAGAACAACCAAAACACUCCUGGCGUAAACGUUCAGUUAUGGCCGUGCAUUCACGUUCCCCAUCGUUCUCAGAUUGCACAAACAGUGAAAGAGAUUUACAGUAAACUGGCAGCAAUGGCUAAUGAACUUGACGAAGGUAUACCUGAACUACUGGUCAGUUUAGUCAGUACUGGCAACCAUUUCGACAGUGAGGUAGGGGUUUUACUUUAGCAGGUUUAAUUUAUAUUGUGUGGCACAAUUGAGGAACAUUGAUUGAUGUUUAUGUAUGCUUAGUAUUGUCAAUAGCCUACUAUAGUUAACUUUUACCAAAAUACGUCAAAUACGUUUAUUACAACAUAAACCAAGAUUAAGAAAUAAUUUUACAUUUCACGAUACAGUCAAGAUACGAUAGCUCUGUAGUCCUACUCAUCACAUAGUGUUACAGUAUAUUGCUCUUUAUUCAACCAGGGCUGGGACCAGACCUUUGACUUAAGACAUUCUUGUUGGCCAUUAUCGCUUACAAGGAAUACGAUCGUAGUUAA